AUGGAAAUAGAAUCUGAAUCAAGUAGCUGUAUAUCUUUUGGCUAACAAACAAAGCCCCUCAAUCCCUAAGACUACUAUUCAAAUCAUACCGUCACAUUUGGGGAAGAUAUGUCUAAAUUUAAAUAAUAUCACACUCCAUUUAACACUUUUUUGUAGUAGAAUAAUAUUAAUGUCAAUAAUUAAUUACCUCAAUAAAACAGCACCACUAAUUUGUCACAAAGUAGUACUUUAAAUAGCUCACAAUAAAAUAAUCCUUUCUAAACAAAUGGUUAAAGUAUUAGUGGAGUGAAUAUCUUUUCAUAAUAAAACAAUAAUCUUGGGAUGAAUAAUCAAAAUUAAUAGCAACCUUAGAAUGGAUUUAACAUAUUUGCUUAGAAUAAUGCUUAAAAUUAGGGAGUUAACAUUUUUGCAAGUCAAUAAAGUAUGACAUCUUAGUCAAGUAGUCAAAGUGGAAUUAAUAUAUUUUAAAAUAUUCCUUAAUAAUAACAAUAAUAACCUUAAAAUCCCUUUUAAAGAAAUGUUCCAUUAAAUUAACUUGCUAGUAACCUCUUCCCUUAAGUAGAAGUUAAUUAUUAGAGUUUAAUCUAAACAGUAGCUGAAUAAAAUGAAGAAGGUGAUGGUGAGUAUGAUCCAACUGAAAACGAUGAAGAUGGUGAUGAAUAAGAUUUUGAAGAGAAAGAAUAAAAGGAAGGAGAAGACGACGAUGAUAAUUCAAGUGGAACAAGUUGUGAUGAUAUUGAUUAAAGUGAAUUGAAUGAUUGCAUAAACUAAGUAGACGAUAAGAGUUUUAAUUUAUAAGAGUAUCUUCGCAUGAGAGAUCAACUUUGA